UGAGGAGACCGCAUCCACAGCCUGGCCCUUCACUCGCUACGCAGACUGUCAUCUUACCCUAUAGACGAGGAACCAAGCUCAGCUGUUAGGAGCAGAGAUGUACUAGUCUGUCUGUACAGCUGUAGCAUACAGCUGGAUAUGGAUUAGCCCUUCUACAGGCCUGCACUGUUCUGUGUCACUCGCCACCAUGCUGCUUUUACAUUUACUAGCUGCUAUGCUAAUGCUACUAUCUACAGGCUGCCUGUAGCAUUCACUGGAUUAAGCUUGUAGAGGAAGGCCCAGGCGGGGUCGUGGAGUGGCUCAGUACAAGGGUGUUUGUUCUUACCAAGGGUGUGUGCCUCUCCUCCCCCCUGGAGAAGGCCAGCAGGAUCAGGAUGUCGGAGGCAAGAGAGCGUAGCCCCCGCCACCAGAGACCCUGGUCAGUGUACCGGGCCAACACCUUUGACCUCUCCUCUGAGAUGAUCGGCCUGGCACUCGCAGGGAACAGCCAGGAUCCAGAUGAGCCUGUUCUAGAGUUCAGUGUGGCCUGUAAUGAGUUGGUGACCCCAGCUCUGGAGCGGAAACCCAACAGCUUUGUGGCAGUGAGCUGCACCACCCCUCCCCAGGCCUUCUGGACCAAACACACCCAGACUGAGAUCAUCGAGGGCACCAAUAACCCUAUAUUCCUGAGCAGCAUAGCCUUCUUCCAGGACUCUCUGAUCAACCAGCAGACGCAGGUCAAGCUGUCUGUGUACGACGUCAAGGACCGCUCUCAGGGCACGAUGUAUUUAUUAGGCUCAGCUCUGUUUCCUGUGAAGGAGUUGCUGCAGGAGAAGAACCACAGGUUACACCUGACCCUGAGGUAUGAGAGACACAGGUUACACCUGACCCUGAGAUCUGCAGAGAACAAGCACGUGGGGAACAUCACCAUCAUUGCCUGGCAGAUAGAGGAGAAGAGGGAUCAGAGGACUCUGCCUGUUGCCAGGUUACCAGACACCAUCAACGGCAGGACCGUGCUUCCGGUGGACGAGAGCCUGACAGAAUCCAUGGGUGUCAGAGCCAAAUAUGCAUCUUUAUGCAAAGACAUCCUGCUGACAUCAGUGUUUGGAGGCACCAUGUCCAGAAUGUAUCGUUUCCCCACCACGGACGGUCACCACCUGCGGGUGCUAGAACAGAUGGCUGAAAGUGUGUUGUCUCUCAACAUCCCCAGACAGUAUGUCAAACUACUGCUGGAGGAGGACGCUGUCAGGGUUUGUGAGCUGGAGGAGCUGGGGGAGUUGUCACCAUGCUGGGAGAACCUACGACGACAGAUAGUCACUCAGUACCAGACCAUCAUCCUCGCGUACCAGGAGACUCUCUCUGACCUCACCAACUACAAGGGUCCGUCGUUCAAGGCCAGUAACCUGAAGGCAGAGAGGAAGCUGGAGUUCAUACCCACCAACCUUCAUGUCCAGAGGAUGAGGGUGCAGGAUGAGUCUGGCUUUGACCACACGUAUGACGUGGUGACUAUCGGGGCUCCCGCCGCCCACUACCAGGGCUUCAAGAACAGCGGCCUGCGCAAGCAAAUCACCAAGUUCGAGGAGGCCAAGAAACACGUUUAUGAGGAAGAAUGCAGUGCCCUGUCCAGCUGUCAGUCUAUAGUGUACAUCCCCCAGGAUAUUGUCCGGGCCAAGGAGAUCAUCUCCCACAUCAACACCCUGAAGACCCAGGUCAGCUACUAUGCUGAGAGGCUGUCCCGCGCCGCCAAGGACCGCUCUGCCAACGGUCUGGAGAGGACCCUCGCCAUCCUGGCUGAUAAGACUCGCCAGCUGGUGACUGAGUGCGACUGCAAACUUCUGGCCUCGGCAAUCCAGGCGCUGAACGCGGCACGCCCCGAGUACAUCGCCUCCAAGGCGUCACCCUCCGCCGACGCCAGCGAUCAAGUAGUCCUGCGCAACGACCGGGACACGCUGUUGGCCAAGUGGAGCGGAUGCAACAGCCGCUCCUCACUGCACGUCGACUGGCACGAGGAGGAGUGGGAGAAGGUGUGGGUAAAUGUAGACAAGAGUCUGGAGUGUAUCAUCCAGCGGGUGGACAAACUCCUUCAGAAGGACCGUCUGCCUGGCGACAGCAGCCAGGGGGACACUACCCCGGGCCACCAGCAGGGCGGCAGCAGUAAGAAAGGUAACCAGAGUACCAGGGCAUUCUGGAUCAACCCCGAUUGCAUGACCCAGGAGGAGCCUUCAUCACUACCUUCCUCACCAUCAUCAUCCUCCCUCCUGCCUGCUCUCACCCUGAAUCUGACUCAUGCAUGCCCACCCAGCCCUGACAAAAACACAUAUGGCAGCCCCAGUGGCGAGGAGGCUUUCCCAGGGGAGUGGAGCGAGGCGCUGUACCCUCUCCUCACCACGCUGACAGAGUGUGUGGCUAUGAUGAGUGACAAGGCUAAGAGCUCCAUGGUGUUCCUGUUGAUGCAGGACAGUGCUCCUACCAUCGCCAUGGACCUCUCCCUGCAGUACAGACGAGACGUGGUCUUCUGCCAGACGCUCACUGCCCUCAUCUGUGGCUUCAUCAUCAAGCUGAGGAACUGUCUCCGUGACGAUGGCUUCCUCAGGCAGCUCUACACCAUCGGCCUGCUGGCCCAGUUUGAGUCUCUGCUCAGCACCUACGGCGAGGAGCUGUCCAUGUUGGAGGACAUGUCGGUUGGCAUCAUGGACCUACGGAACGUUACCUUCAAGGUGACCCAGGCAACCUCCAGCUCCUCCCCCGACAUGCUGCCAGUCAUCACUGGCAACCGGGACGGCUUCAACGUCCGCAUCCCGUUGCCGGAGACCAUGUUUGACGCGUUGCCGCGGGAGAUCCAGAACGGCAUGCUGCUGCGCGUCCAGCCGGUGCUCUUCAACGUGGGAAUCAACGAACAGCAGACGCUGGCAGAGAAGUUUGGAGACACAUCUCUGCAGGAGAUCAUUAACCUAGAGAGUCUGGCCAGACUCAACUCCUACUAUCAACAGUUCAAGGAGGUCCUACCUGAGGACUGCCUGCCAAGGUCCCGUUCACAGACGUGUCUACCAGAACUGCUGAGGUUCUUGGGACAGAACGUCCACGCCAGGAAGAACAAGAACGUAGACAUCCUGUGGCAGGCAGCAGAGAUCUGUCGUCGUCUGAACGGUGUGCGUUUCACCAGCUGUAAGAGUGCUAAGGACCGCACGGCCAUGUCCGUCACCCUGGAGCAAUGUCUGAUCUUACAGCACGAACAUGGCAUGGCCCCACAGGUCUUCUCCCAGGCCCUCGACUGCAUGCGCAGCAUUGGGACCAGGGAGGGGGUCACCCAGAAGAACCUGAGUGGCCUGUUGCCUGUGCGGGAUUUCAGGCUGGACCCCAGCCUGCUGUACUCCCUGCCCCUGCUGGCCCUCAGCCCCAACCUGCUGGUCGUCUGGCUGUUCCUCAGCGUCGCCUACUUCCUGGCCAAGCUCCGCUGCAGCUGAAGGCACAGCCCCUCUGCCACCCAGACCCACCUACUAUCGACCUCUACUCACCUCUUCUCUCUGCCCAUUCCCCCCAGUGUGUCCAUCAGUCAGUCAGUCAGUCAGUCGGUCAGGAAGAAAGGCAAAACGUUAGUUUGUCAGUCAAGGAGGAAGACAGGCAGUCAGGGAGUCAGUCAGUCGCUCUAUGUCAGUCUGUCUGGAGCUCAGCCGGGAGAACCCUCUGAUUGGUCAAGGGCAGACCGUGUGUACCUGACUGGACUUUAUGUGCGUCACUCGGCUAAACUGCCAGCUGUUCCACCCAAUGGGCAGCCAGCACUCCUCCCGCCCUGCUCUCUGUCCUAACCAAUCCAGUCAGAGCAGGAGGCUGGUCUAAAGGUCUAUGUGCAGUACUGUAUGAGACUGUUACUGUCAGUGUUCUGACAUAUUUCUCAGUUUAACACCCAUUGUUUUACAACAAUCAAAAACAAACUGAGAGUAUGGAGAGAAACUUUGAAAUAUAGCCGGUAAGAAGUUUUAGCUGAAUUGAAUGGAAGUUUUGUCCCAGUUGUCCUUGAGUAUUUAUAAUGCCGCUUCCCAACUCAUGACAUGAUUAUAACCAUGCUGUUAUGAUAAUAUGAUGUCAUGGAUCCUUUGGUUUUGCACACAGCUUAUUUUCAGUCAUGCAAAUGUUCUGGCUUGCUUGACGUUUCCGUCUUCCAUAAGGUUUGCAUACAGCAUAAGCCAAGUGAUGGCUUGGCCAUGCAAUAUCAAGCGGAUGUUGUUUUGAUCUGGUGGCCAUUUUGUUGUUGUUCCUCAGGCCUUCCUACUCUUACAGCAGGAGACUUGUGUCCGCUUUCACUUUAAACCAAUGCACUUUUGUAUCAACGUUGCCGUCUUAAGGAAGGUUAUUUGCUUGUCUUGCCAAUUGACACAGUUUCAUCUUGGUUGGAGCCAUUUGAAAUGGCUAAUUCUGGGAAUGUAUGAUAUUUCAGGGGACCUUUGUUGGCUUGUUUGAUUAUGCAGUGUAGUUUUUCCGAAGUGUUAAUUUUUAGUUUAUCAGAUUUCAUUUCAUGUCUGUACCAAGUUUCCUUUUUACUAUAGAGUUUGUAUAUAUGAAUUGGUUCUUUGUUUGAGAACCUAUAAGGGUUGCAGUUCUAUGGAAAUGACAGAGAGUGAAGAGAAUGUACAUGGGCAAACCUCAAAUGGCUCCCUACCACCAAAUGAUGCACUACCUCUGACCAGUAGUGCACUAAAUAUAGGGGAUGAUUUGAGACACAACCCAUGCUUGUUGUGCCAAAUGUUUUAGCCAGGUCUCAGAUGGUAGAUACAGGUCUUGGAUCUUUAUUCCAGGUCAGAGUAUUACUUCCAGAUCUCCCAGCAGCCCAAAUCCAUCCCGCUUCCACAGAGAAGUGCCCUAGAAAGGGAGAUUUGAUAUCAGACUCUUUGGGUUACUUCCAAGCCUUGCACUCUGGACUUCCUGGUCUCUGCCGAGAGAGUCAACACACCAUUAUCAUAUACAGUAGUUGCUAUCUAGUCCCAUAAAACAUGAUUAGCUAUCUAAUGGUAUAUGCACUCAUUAAUAUGUAGACUAGUGGUAUUAUCGUUUUCUAGCCCCAUAGCCUCUCUCCAUUUUAAUCAGUAUAAUACCUGUCUUCAGUGUUACGUCCCAAGACGGCCACACUCAAUCCAAUCUAAAGUGACCUACUAAAGAAAUGGACCAUCCGUCCCAAAAUAGCCUCCUCUGUGAGAUUGUCACGCUUGUCUUACAUCCCCUCCACCCCUCAUUUCCAACUCCUCGACCCCCACAAUGGAAAACUGGAGGGAUUCUUUUGUCCUUGUUGGUUGAGCUUUAUGCAAGCUUCUUAUAGGCCUCUCACCUGUGUGACUGGUAUGAGAGCUAGGCUGGGUUUAAUGGUGUAUUUAGGUUGUUCAAUGGUUUGGUUUUGAAUAUUCAGAGUUUUUUAUUUUUACUGAUUUUUGUGCAAUGUUACUGUUUUACAUUAUCGACAAAUACGUAAGUACAUGCAGUAUUUAUUUCUCAGUAUUCUACAGUAUUUACUUUUUCAAUCUUGUAAAUCCAUAUUGUAAAUAAUAGAAAUGUAUAAAAUCAGAUCAUCUAUUGAUAAGUAUGCUGGUGUAGAACUACCUCUAUUGUCCCAUGAAAACACCAUCUGACUGUCAGCCAGGGGAGGAGAGCCGAGGGGACAGCCAGGGGGAAAGGUGCUCCAUGAGAGCAUCACCCAAGUUCUGUCCCAAAUGGCACACUUUUCCCUAUGUAGUGCACUAAUUUUGACCAGAGCCCUAUAGGUCCUGGUCAAAGUAGUGUACUAUAUAGGGAAUAGGGCGCCAUUUAGGACACAUCCCCAGUAUGUACAACGUUAGGAUGGCGUUUGCUUCAACCAAAUGUGAAAUAGCUCCUCUUGCUGGUUGGUAAUGAUACUACAGAAGCUUGUCACCCAGUAGGUCCUAAGAAAAGAGUUGGAUUGCUCCAUUCUGGGGAUACAUGCAAUUAGGAGCCCAUUCUAAAGUUGUAGAGAAUUGCAGAAUGUGCUGGUGGCAGUUUGUUCUGCUGGUGUAUUUCAUUCCCAUGAAGAAACCCACUGCGUUAAACAUGUUGUAACCAUAGUGAUGCUAAAUCCAGGAAUAUCCCAACUAAAACCAAGUUCCUGACUCAAUUCUCAAGUUUUAGUUUUCUGUUUCUCUUGAAUUGCUUAGUGCUUUUGACGAUAGAGAAUAUAUUUAUAUUGCGUUGCAUUAUAUUUUCAUGCUUGUCUGUCUCUUAUACUCAAGAUUUGCUAAAUGUAUGUAUUCUUAUGGAAAGUUUGAUGUGAUUACAUCAUCGUCAUGCAGGUGUCACUAUAAUGAGAGGGAGAAAUUCUAGUUGCUGUUCCAGAUAUCAUUGUAUUAACCCUUGUCUGGUACUUUGCCAAGUUCCAACCCAAUAUCAGGGUUGCUUGGAUAACCAUUUAUGAAUAUGCUCUGAAAUAGUAGACUUUUCUCCCUUUCGCUCUGAAACAGUAGACUUUUCUCCCCUUCUCUCUGAAAUAGUAGACGUUUCUCCCUUUCUCUCUAAUGCUUCUCUCUGAAAUAGUAGACGUUUCUCCCUUUCUCUCUAAUGCUUCUCUCUGAAAUAGUAGACGUUUCUCCCUUUCUCUCUAAUGCUUCUCUCUGAAAUAGUAGACGUUUCUCCCUUUCUCUCUAAUGCUUCUCUCUGGAAAGUGAAAUAGCAGUCAAUUAGUCAGCAGCCCAAAGAAUCAGCUUUAAUGUUAUAUAAUAAACGUCAUGCCAAAUGUAUCAGAGGAGAAGGUGUAUACUUCACUAUAGAGUAUUUGAAUAGUUCUGCUUGUUUUCCCUGGAAUGGAACUGUUGCAUUGAAAUUAGAAUGUAGAACAUUUAAGUCUGUGCGUUUUGCUAUUGCUCUUGUUUCACUUUAUCUGUGGUGCUCGUAACUCUAUCUAGAAAGCAGGUCUUCUGUACACAGUAUUAGUGUUCUGUACCACUCCCUCCAACAACAUCCUGAUAUUCCCCGGGACAAUCCGUCCGUUUGCUUUAGCUGUUGUCCACAUGUUUCUUUGACAGUGGCGUCAAUGUGUUGGUUGGUUUUUGGGUUUCUCAUUGUCUUUUAACACGAGCCCUUUUUUGGUUUGUUUUCUUCACUUUGCUGUCAUCCUCUCUAUCUGUGCUUGCCCUCCCCUCCCCUCCCUCCUCCUCCUUUUUCCCAGUGAGGGCUGCAGACGGGAGAAUACCAUGAAGAACGUGGGAUGUCGCAAGUAUGCUUUUAACUGUCUGCAGCUCAAGGCCUUCCCCAAACAUUACAGGCCCCCCGACGGAACGUUUGGGAAGGUUGACACUUGAUUUGGAUCAUAUUCUAUUGUAAUAGGGACAGCAACAACAGCAGAAUAAAAAAUGAAUCAAUGGUCUUCAACCUACGGUAGUUGCGGAGGUCCUGUGGUAAAUGCCUGUGCACUGAAUCGAUGCAUAUUUUCAAUUUUCAAAGAAGAAUAGCAAAAACUAUGGAAUGGGGAAAAUGCCAAACCACUACUAGUUGAGAAACGAUAUACAAUUUAUUCAGACCUCUCAUACAUACUUUCUAGAUGGUUCUGAAGUUGUAGAUAAGUCAGUUGGGACUAGUAACAACACUGUCUGGUUAAAUCAUGUUUUUAGCGUAGUCAAGAUACAGCAAGGAGGUUGUUUUCCUGAAAAGACUCACUGAUUCUUUACCACUAUACACAGAUGACUUUUAGUUAUUUUCAGAGCCUCAGGCAAUCUAUAGGUCACCAAAUGUUCAUCCUGGGACGAUGCUACUUCAUGCUGACUAUGUUCAAAGUCGUGUCUCUCAACCCAUAGUUAACAUGUAAACUGGGAUUUGUACAUUUGGUUGGCGUCAUUGGCCAGAUCCUAUGCAUUUCAGAGUUCUUAUUUCGGGAGUGUUUUACGUAUGGACUACACAUUGUGGAAGUCAAGCUAGUCUGACGGACUUGAUGAAGGAUUCCUUCCCCACGUGGAUUUAGCAGUACUCUAAUCCUGUAGAGCAGGGGAUCUUUCAAUGGUUUCAGCUCUAGAACUAAAUAAGAAAUUUACCAUCCUCCUGUGACCCAAAUGGUUCACCAGUGACCCAAAUGAAGACGAAAUAGUGUGUGAUUAGAGAUGUAUUCUCAUAACUCACGACCCACCUCUUGCAUGCCCAGGGCCCACUUUGGAACCCGACCCAUAGUUUAAGAAACCCUGUAGAGAGACGUCCCACCGACCGCAAUGGCAACCUAAGACCAACCAGAGCUUUCAGUGUCUGAUGCAUACCUCACCUAUGUCCUGUUUCCCUUUUCAUAUCUGUAAAGCCUGCGUUUAACUUCUUUGCCAAAUGAAGGGUUGUGAUUGUGAAUGGAUUUAGCUGUGUGGCAUUCUGGCAGCUCACUGUGAAGACUUAGCACUGUCUUAAAAGGAUAGUUGGGGAUUUUGGCACGAGUUCACCCAGGAGUCAGGUGAAGUUAGAGGUAGUUUCGCGAGCCAAUGCUAACUAGCUUAGCACAAAGAGGGCCUCAUUGCCAAAAUCCUGAACUAUUCCUUUCAGACUUAAAGAGGAAUAUUAAAAAGCUAUGAAUGUUCUAGAAAGAUCCACUUCCCUCUUUUACCAAGUUAAUUUCUGGAAAAAGUUUGGUUUGAGGGUAAUAAAUGAAACAUAAUACAUUAUAACAUUGACUUGUAAAGGAAAUCGAGUAGAUUAUUUUCCGUUCUCAUGUUGAACCAAGUAAAGGCCAGUAGUAAACCAUUUAAACACCCAAGAAGCACUUUUCUUUAAGAUAAUUUUCUGCAUUUGUUGCACUGUUAUUUUAGGAUUGUCUUGUUGGCAGGCGUUGUUGACCAGGGUAAAAUAGUCAGUAGAAUGUUAUCGGUAUGGGAGUUACAUUGUAUGUUAAUCUGGAAACUGUGCUGCUCAACAUCAACAUAUUAGUCAUGUCUAUUUUCACCACCAAGCGGCAAUGUCCACUUUCUGUUUUGCAACAUUUAAUGAGAUUGCAAUUUGAUACACAAUUGAGCCAGAGGAGACUUGACCCUACAAAUGAGUCAUGUGUGUGUGUGUGUGUGUAUGUAGCAAAGCUUCACAUGUGUUUGCUUUUCAACAGGCACUUCUGUACUGCACACGACAGGAUUUACCCAUAGACUCAACUGUGAGAUGCAGUUUGUGUACAUUUAGUCUAUUGUUUACUGUAGUGUCUUUCAUGCUCAUAAAUAUUUUUAGUAUCAUUGGAAACAUAUUUUGCUAUCUGCAGACUUUAUUUUGCAUUUAUGUACUAUACUAUAGGGUAUAAUUCAAUAAGUGUUGGGAUUGGAUUUGUAUUUCUUUCUAUUGUAAUGAGCGCAUAUCUUGUAUCCUGCACAAAGAGGAUAUCUGUAUAGGCCUGACUGUUGCUUUAGAUGAAGCUUUCAUCAAUAUCUGACGCUAAUAAAAUAAUGUUCAACAUC